AUCAAAUUGCUUAUUGAUUGUAACAACUCGACUGGCGAGUAGCGCCAGUCUUCCGGUCUUCGGUAUGGUUUCUUCUGAUGACCUUACUUAUUUGUUCACUCUUUAAUCAAAUAGAAUGGGUGAGGAAGCCUUGGCAGUAAUAUGGCAAGCAAAGAAGAGAACAAAACGUUGAGUCAGGUGUACCAGGAGGAAUUUCAACCGGAUUAUUACAUCAAUCGAUAUUAUUCGGGCAUAGAUGCUGGAAACGAGUUCUGUCUAAAGAAUCUUCAUCAAUUCUUUGAACAAGAAUGUGGGGAGAAUAAAAACAGGAAAAAAGUUUUGGAAGUUGGUUCGGGACCUUUACCACUUUACGUAAUGUCAGCAAGUCGCUGGAGUAAUUCAAUUGUCUGUAGCGACUUCCUCCAACAAAACAGAGGAAAGUUGACCCAAUGGCUCUCAGAUGGACGGGAGGCUGACGAGAUUUGGUCAUCGUAUGCUCUUAUAUUGCACAAUUGGAGUCUGAAAGUGCCGAUAAAGAAUACGCAUUUCUCGUGUUGGAACGCGUCCGUCAUUCCGUUCGAUGCGUAAUACCGUGUGACGUGCUGCAAAGUGAUCCGCUUUUGGGCCACACAGAGUCCCCAUUCGACAUCAUCAUUUCGGUAUUUUGUCUUGAAUGCGCCGUAUCAUCCCCAAAAGAAUAUUCGAGUACUGUCUCCAAUGUAGUCCGCCUCUUGAAUCCUUCUGGACACCUGAUCAUGAUGGGAGGAUUAGAAGGUGAACAUUACUUUAUUCGAGACCGAAAGAUUCCAAGGAUCAAACUCACUCGGGAGAUGAUCAACUUGGCCUUGCAAAAUGCAGGGUGUGAAAUUGUUACCUGGCAUGAAUUACCGCGAAAUUUACGGCCUCCGGAACUUCCGAUUGAUUACACAGCAAUGUUCUUUUGUGUAGCCAAGAAAAUAUGUUGAUGGGAAAUUUUGUUAACAGAAAACCCAUGAGUACCAUCAAGGAUCUUUCCCUUAUGCCUGCAGGGUAACAGAAGGUGUUGAGAAAUAAAGUUGUUUAGCGAAUAUAAUGAUACUGUGUUCAACUAGAUAAACAUACAGAAAUAGAAGUGUCAUGGUUCUUGGAAGGAUUUGAUUGACACGUGCAACAUUAAAAACCAAGACUAGCUAUAAUAUAAAUAAUGUGACAACUUAUCGACAGUUUAGUGCUCGCUGCCGUUGAGUGGGAAGCUUUUCUAUUCUCGUAAUAUAGAAAAAUCUAUAAAUGGCCCAAGUAGAAAAUAAAGUUCUGCUUCCUAACAUCCAACGGAAUGUAGAAGAUGAAUUUCCAAACCAACGCAUUUCUGAUUUUCUCGUCGCGGAAGUUGAGAAACUUAAGGAACGUUACGGCGAUGAGCAACUUUUUACGGACUGGAACACAGGAUCAUGCGUGACAUCCAGUCAGCUGAUUGAAGAUGCUUACAAAAUCGCUUCAGAGUUUAAGAGAAGAGGCUUUCAACCUGGUGAAGUGAUCUCUUGCUUGGUUCACAGUGACGUCAAUUAUUACAGCUUCCUUUUGGCAACAUGGAUGUCAGGCUGCAUAUUGUCUUCUUUACAACACUCGUUCUCCCAAGGUUCACUUACUGUUACAUCGUUACGAAAAGUUUGUCAACCAUUUUGUUUCCUUUGCACUUUAGAUCUUUUGUUGAAAUUAUUGCAAACUAGUCGUACUCGGCUGCUUCUCUGCGAUCAGGAAGGUGCGGAGAGAUGCUUGGCUGCUAAAGCUGAAUGCGAUGAACUAGAAGUGUUCGUUUUGGGCGAGUUCAAGGGCUGCGUUUCUUUCAAUCGCCUUAUUGAACGGAAGGCUUUUACUAUUGACGAACUCAAAAGAUCCGAUCCCUACGACCCGAAUGAAACGGUAUCCAUGGUUUUCUCGAGUGGCACUACGGGAGAACCGAAAGGAAUUCUUUUGACGCAUUUAAACAUUUAUAGUUACCUCCUCACUGCAAGACCAAACGCUAACAGACCUGGGAUGAAAACGCUCUUCGUUCCGCGGAUAGGCAAUGUCAUGGGUCUCGUGUUUGGUCUGAGAGGUGCGCUUAUUUACACUAAAACAUACCUGAUGUCUUCCUACAAGGACGAGUGGUUAUUCCAAGCCAUUGAGGAAAUCAAACCGGAACGCGCUAUGCUCUACUUACCUCACAUAUUGGCCAUAACUAAACAUCCCAAAUCAGAAACGAGCGACUUGUCUAGUAUUGAAGCCGUAUUUACAGCCGGAAUGUCAGUUAGCAAGAACUUGCAACAAAAAUUCUUUCUAAAACUACCUUCGCUGAAGACCUUUUUUAUGUUUUACGGUAUGACUGAACUUGCCAUUGCGACAAUGCGGCCCUUCAGCGAUUAUGAGCAAAACAUUCACCGCGUCGAAGUGCUUAAAGAAAACCAUCGUUCUAAACCAGAGUCAAUUGGGCAAUUGUGUCCAAUGAAUCAAAUGAAGGUCGUGGAUGAAUGUACGCGAGAAAUGUUGGGACCAAACCAAGCAGGUGAGUUGUGCUUUAAAGGGCCUUCCGUGUUCAAAGAAUAUUGGAAUAAUCCAGAGGCAACGGCUGAUAUCAUAAUUGACGGAUGGCUCCACACAGGCGAUAUCGGCUACUACGAUAGCGACGGAGACAUAUUUUACGUCCGGAGAAGCAAGGAAUUAAUCAAAUAUCUCGGCCAUCACGUGAUUCCAUCCCAGCUCGAGACGAUUUUGAAAUCUCACCCAGGAGUCGAGGACGCUGCAGUCGUGGGAAUCAAGUGUGAAGAUUGCGGCGAAUUGCCCAUGGCGUAUGCCAUGAAGAAACCCGGAUAUGAUAAACUGGAAGCAAUUAAGCUGAUCAACUUUUUACACGAUCGAGUUCACGACGAAGCUAUGCUCCGAGGAGGACUUGUGUUUAUCGACGAAAUUCCUAGAAAUGUUAUGGGCAAGAUUUCUCGCAACCAGUUGCGCGAACGAGCAGAAUUAGAGGCGUUACAUUUUACGUCAUCUCGGUAGUUUGAAUUCAGGAAGAGUAAAUUGUAAUGCGUGCGCUUCUCGAAAUGGAUAUUUCGAUCUUUUCUUAUUAAGACUUUAGACAAAUUUCAAUAAAACCUGUUUUUUCUCUAAUUAAUUAGUAGGACUACAAUUUUUCUUCUAUUUUUUCCUGUGUGUAUUUCUUGAAAAUUGCAAGUAAAAUAACUACAGAUUUUAUCCCAAUACAAAAGAUUAACCAAGAAACUAAAAACGACUAGGUUCGUUGUAGUGU